AUGCUGAAAAUGCAGGCCCGUCGUGCGGAAAAGCUCGAUCUGGCACGAGAACGAAAAGGAAGACGCGCCCGUGCGCACCAAUGGCGGCCACCGACCCUUAUUUACCGAAGUCAAAAUGGCCGCCCUUCGGCUCUUCGCACGUUCGAGGCUCUCGACGAUUAUUCUUCGAUCCUCUAGUCAGCUCGAGCUGCGGAAUAAUGUCUCGCCGAUUGUGUAUCAGAUUCAUAAAAGAUGGGGAUCUUUCAAAUCUUCCCCAAAAUACAUAGAUUCUGCGCAAUAUGCGAAUUAUGAAGUAACACAAGAUCCUGAAGAAUGGGAGUAUGUAGAACGUAUACUUAAACCUAAACUUGUGCCCGAGCCUCCUCUUCAAGAUACAAAUUUGCCUUCUGGAUGGAAACCACCCACUUCAAAGCCAGGAGAUCAUCCAUACUAUAUUCAUCGUACAAAGAGUUAUAUGCAACCAGUAUAUCUCUAUAUUGGAUACAGAGGAUUGCGAAGAUUAACUACUAUUCGUAAAAUUGAUGGGGAUAUUUGGUUAUUACGAACCGAAUUGAAAAAGUAUUUGGAGGAGAACACAGGCAAACAUAUUGGUAUCCGUGUGAAUGAACUCUCAGGUCAGAUUCAAUUUAGGGGAGAUUACGUGACCCUCGUCAAAAAGUGGUGCGAUUCAAAAGGAUUUUAAAUGCUAUUAACAAUGUCUUUGUACCUCGCAAUUGAACAACCAGUGUAAAUUUUGAA